AUGGCAAUCUACGGCUCACCCAUCUCGGUAGAAGCACUCACCGCUCAACUCAAACCCUUCCUGCGGAGGCCACAGAGGGUUAUAGCGGUGAGAGAGAUUCAGAUUAGAUUAUAUUGGUGCAGGUGCUCACCGGACAUGGAGGCUUUGGUGAGAGACCUACAUCGCGUGGCCGAUCGAGAAGCGACUCCUGUCUGCCACGAAUGCGGCGCACCCGUCGACACGGCGCGGCACAUCCUGGCAGAAUGUGCGGUUUGGGGCCCUCAGCGGUACUCCAUUACUGCUAUAGUAGGAAAAGAUCUCUCGCUGCCAUCAAUCGUGGGCGUAAUGUUCGGCAGCGAGAGGUGCUGGAAGGCUAUGGUCUCCUUUUGCGAGAGCGUAGUUCGCAGAAGGAGACUGCGGAGCGCUUCAGAGAGGAUGAUCCCUCUCUGA